UUCUCCAUCAUGGCUAGACAGCAACAGCGCUACCGCGGUGUCCGUCAAAGGCAUUGGGGUUCUUGGGUGUCCGAAAUCCGCCAUCCUUUACUGAAGACAAGAAUAUGGCUAGGCACAUUCGAAACGGCUGAGGACGCGGCAAGAGCAUACGACGAGGCAGCAAGACUAAUGUGCGGGCCAAAGGCACGCACAAAUUUUCCAUGCAACCCAAAUGAGCCACAAUCAUCUUCUUCAAAGCUUCUCUCAACAACUCUUGCAGCUAAGCUACAUAAAUGUCAUGUGGCAUCUCUUCAAGCGACCAAGAAAAAUGCCACUAAACAAACACAUGAACCAGAAUAUACCCCAUUUGACUCUAGCAAUGGCAUUGCCGGAAAAAGUGUAGAAUCCUGCUCUAGUUGGCCGGAGGGGAAAUGGGUUGGUGAGGAAAAUGAAGUUGGGAAUAGCCAGCAGCAAGAUAAGGAACUUGAAGAUCAUCAUAUAGAGCAAAUGAUAGAAGAGUUGCUUGAUUAUGGGUCCAUGGAGUUCUGUUCUGUUGCUUCAACAUAGAUUAUUACUCUUAAUUAGAAAGACUAAAAAUGUAGCACUCUCCACCUUCUCUUCAAUUGCUAAUGCAACUUAAUUAUAUGCAAGAAUUUAUAACUACUUUGAAUUAUUACUUUCUGGGUAGAUAAAUCUAAAUUAUGCUAAAUGUGAAAUUGACAUUCUGGAUUCAAAAUAGAGUGAUGUGAAAGGAAGUGAAUGAAAAAAGAAAAUGCAACAAUCCAAAUUGCCUGAUAAUGAUAUACUUCCAUUGUGGCACAGGAAAAGGAGAGGGUUCAAAGAUGGAAAAAGAAGAUGAUGAGAAAGCCAUAUAGAUUCCUUCUCUCUUUAUUUUUAAACCUUUCAUGAGUUUCAUCUAGCUACGAAAAGAACCCAAAUCCCAAAGUUGCAGAAGUGAGAGAGAUUAGAAGUUUCAAUUAUA